CUACAAUUGCAGAGUGCAUAUAAGAAGAAUACAAACCAGUGGCUAAUAUUUUCCAGGUAUGACAUCAAGGCUCUGAUUGGUCGGGGGAGCUUCAGCCAUGUGGUGCGUGUUGAGCACAGAUACACACACCAGCCCUUUGCCAUUAAACUCUUGGAGGUCGGAAAGCACAAGGGUCGUGAUACAUGUCAUGUUGAGCUUGGGAUUCUGCAAAGGGUCCACCACGCUAACAUCAUCCGUCUUGUGGAGGUGUUUGAAACUCCUCACCGUGUUUAUCUUGUCCUCGAGUUGGCCACCGGAGGAGAGCUUCUGGAUCGUGUAGUUUCUCGAGGCUCCUUCACAGAGCGUGAUGCCACCAAAGCUCUUGUCAUGGUGUCCAGAGGACUGAGCUACAUACAUGAACUGGGAGUAAUUCACCGGGACUUGAAACCAGAAAACUUGCUGUACUACCAUCCGGGGCAGGACUCACGCCUAAUCAUAACUGACUUUGGCCUGGCCUGCUGGUUUCGGAAAAGCCCAAUGGUGGAAUGUGAUGAUGCGGUAACAGGGGGCAGUUGUGUACCUGGAACUUGCAAAGAUAUUGCCGGUUGUGCUCGGCCACAGAGGGAAGAUGACGGGGGUGCUGAUGAUGCCGAUAGUUGUGAUAUUGUAGGGAGGAAAGCUAAAGGUGAUGAAGAUAAUUGCAGAUUAGUAGCUGAUGGGAAAGCCAGAGAUGGGAGCAGCCAGAGAGCCAUUAGAGGAGAUGGGAGAAAAGAUACGAAUGGGAUCAGCACAGGAGAUGAAAGGGAAAUAGAUAAAAGCUUGGGAUUUGACAGAAUGGAUAAGGGCAGUGAUGGAGUGGUGGAUCAGAUGACCAGUAGUCCAAAAUUUUCUGAGGGCACUAAAAGAGCUCAAAAUGCCUGCAGAGAGGAAAGCAAGACAGAUGGGUUAGAAGCUUAUAAAUGCACAAGCAUCAAUAUAACAGAAGGAAAAGACAGAGUUACUCCAGAUAUACAAAUGCAGUUUUCACAUGACAAACUAAAAGACAGAAGACAUAAUUAUUGUAUUAAGGGCAGAAGAGACAGAGCUGCUAGAAGCUAUGACAAAUCCACAAACCUGCAUUGCAAAGUAAACAAAUAUUCCAACAUUAAUUCUGACAACCAAAAGUCACAUGACUGGUCACUGAAGACAUUAUGUGGUACCCCAGAGUACUUGGCUCCUGAGAUGGUGGCUGGGAGGACCUAUGGCUGUGAAGUAGAUAUGUGGGCCUUGGGUGUGAUCUCCUACAUUGUUCUGAGUGGUUCCAUGCCCUUUGAGCAGCGCAGCCAGCCUCGUCUGUUCAAGGCCAUUCUUGGAGGCAGCUACAGUUUCCAUGGCCAACCAUGGAACUCAAUCUCUAACCAGGCCAAAGACUUCAUAGAGCGCCUGCUGAGUGUCAACCCUGAGCAACGAAUGACUGCAGAGCAAGCUCUUAAACACCCCUGGCUGCUGAACAUGGCUGCCUGCUCCUCUAACAAGAACCUUCAUCGGCCGAUAUCACAAAAUCUCUGUCAGAGGGCUUCACGCACCUCCAAUUAUAGCUCCAGUUCACGUUUCGUCCCUGAGUCACGAGCUGUUGUGAGUUCUCGGUCACAAUCUCAUCCUGAUUCUAGACAAUUAGCUAGAAUCAGAUCUCAGCACAGUGUUGCAGUGUAUGCUUAAAGCUCCUGUUCUGAGACUAGGAAGAAGCACCAACCAAAUCCGAGUAGUUGUUAUGUCGUGGUGUACCUUGUAAAUAGCUCCAGUUCCAUGUAAAUG